UUUACAUUCAUCUUUCUCAUCUCAAGAUCACUCUCUUACCUCUCUCAUAUAUAUGUAUAAAACAGAGAACCACUUAUAUUCGGUAAAAGUGAAUCUCUCAAUACUGAUCAGUUAUAUAUAUAAAUAGAUAUAAAGAAAGAGGAGAGAGGGAGUGGUAGAGUGAGAAAGAGAGAGAAUGGGGAAGGGAAGAGCACCUUGUUGUGACAAGACCAAAGUAAAGAGAGGUCCAUGGAGCCCAGAAGAAGAUUUGAAACUCAUCUCUUUCAUUCAAAAGUUUGGUCAUGAGAACUGGAGAUCUCUUCCCAAACAGUCUGGGCUAUUGCGGUGUGGGAAGAGUUGUCGUCUAAGGUGGAUUAACUACCUCAGGCCAGAUCUGAAGCGUGGUAACUUCACUGCAGAGGAGGAAGAAACAAUCAUCAAGCUCCACCAGAACUAUGGGAACAAGUGGUCAAAAAUAGCUUCUAAGCUUCCAGGUAGAACAGAUAACGAAAUCAAGAAUGUGUGGCACACUCAUCUAAAGAAAAGAUUGGUACAGAGCGAUCCCACUGCAGAUGAACCAGCUUCAUCACCUUGUUCAAGUGAUUCUGUUUCUCGUGGGAACGAGGAGAAGUCACGAGCAGAGGAUUCUUUCAACAGAACAACUAAACAUGAGUCAUCAUCGAGGACAUCAGCUGUGUCUUCAGGUAGUUCCAUUAACCAUUCAAACCAAGAAGAUGAUCCAAAGAUAGGCCUGACGUUUGAGUACAUAGAAGAAGCUUAUAGCGAGUUUAACGACAUUAUUCAAGAGGUAGACAAACCGGAUCUGCUGGAGAUCCCUUUCGAUACAGAUAAUGACAUUUGGAGUUACUUAGAUGCUUCAAACUCGUUUCAACAAUGCGCUGCAAAUGAGUUCAGCUCAGCUACAAGAACAGAAGAAGAGUCUGAUGAGGAUGAGGUUAAGAAAUGGUUAAAGCACCUGGAAAGCGAACUUGGGUUAGAAGAAGAUGACAGUCAACAACAAAGAACACAAGACAACAAAGAAGAAUCAUCAUCACUACUGAAAACCUACGAGCUCAUGAUACAUUAACUGAAACCAAAAGGCUUAUUUUUCACUUUAUGAGUUUUAAUUUCCAUCCAUGACCAAGAGAAAAUAUACUUUAUUUUGGGAUAUGAAUAUAUUUAAUGGAAAGGUAGGUAUAUAGUAGAGAAAAAUGUAUUCCAUAGUUUAAAUGUACAGUAUUUGGCAUU